AUGGCAGUCGAAACUGAACCGGUCCCGAUUGAGCUGUGGACGCUGCGCUUCGAUGGUGCGUGCCGACGCAACCCGGGAGCAGGUGGUGCAGGGGCAGCACUCUUUGACGCCAGCGACACUGUGGUAUGGACGUGCUCGCACUACAUGCCGAGCAGCGGCGAAACAAACAACUCGGCCGAAUAUACGGCGCUGCUGCUCGGCGUACAGAGCGCGCUUCACCAUGGUGCCAAGAUGCUGACAAUAGAAGGUGACAGUCACCUGGUUCUGGCACAGGUGCGAGGCACCUUCGGCUGCACCAACAAGCGCCUCCGAUGUCUGCGUAACAAGGUACGCGUAGCGCUCGCCGCGCUGGACAAGUAUACCCUUCGCCACAUCGACAGGAAGGCAAACGCCCACGCCGACCGCCUCGCGAACCGGGCGCUGGAUCAGAGACGGACGUCGACCGAGUGCGGUCCACACGCUCAGACCCAGACGACAUGCUACCACCCAGAGGCAGCCACCACAACGGCCGCCACACUCCCAACGCGUUGCAGCUCGACUGGCAACCAGGCAGGCGACGACGACAUCCCCCACUGUGAUACCGAGGCCGACACCGCAGCUGAUAUUGCUGCGCGCGAUGGCGGCGAGGUUUUCCCUGUUAUACCCAUUGGCCCCGCCUCCACUCCAGCGCGACAACCUCGGCUGCGACUUCGCCAACUCAACGACGACGAGCACAAUGCCGCGGCUGCCGCUCUGCAGACGCUCACUGAGACCGUAGCCAGCAAGAUCGAAGACGCAGACAGCUGGGCCUCAGGCGAGGGCUACAUCAGUAGCAUCCCCGAUCGCAUCCGUGAGGCACUGCAGCCCUUCUCCACCGCGCCCCCUUCCGCGUCAAGACCACGACCAGCACAGCACCGCCGACGCCCACCCCGCGUGACGCGCAACCAGCGUGAGCACCGUCUGGACGAGGCCUUGGAUAACAUGUCUGCGGUGCAGCGAGCAGCGCCGACGGACCAGCGCGCCAUACGCACGGCACGACGACGGGUCGGGCGGGUGCGCGCGUCGAUGGCGAAGCAGGAGCUGCGCCAAGCGUUCGCCAAGGAUGAAGCGAAGUGCGUGGAGCAGAUACUGAGGAGUGUGUCGGCCGAGUUGGCGGAGGACGAACACCCGACAACGUGCCCCAUCAACCGCGACGAACUUCAUCGCCACUUCACCGGCACCAACACGGCACCGGCGCCGUUCGACUACGAGGCCCCACGGGGGCACGAAUUUCGAACAGCACUGGCCAGCUUCCAGCCAGCCACCAGUGAGACGGACGCGUUCGAGGAGGACCUGACGCUUGACGAGAUUGAAGACCAACUCACUCGUGCCGCCAAAACCUCGAGCCCCGGCCACGACGGCAUCGGCUACGACGUGUACCGCCGCUUCGCCAUGCAGCUGAUACCCCUCCUCCACGCCGCAUUCCGAUUCUGCUGGAUGCAUCGACGCGUGCCCGCCCUCUGGAAGGUGGGAAUCGUGCGCCUCAUCCACAAGAAGGGUGACCCGACGCAACCAUCGAACUGGCGCCCGAUAUGCCUGCAGCCCACGAUCUACAAACUCUACAGUGGGCUUCUGGGCCGUCGGCUAUCGCGAUGGCUGGAGGGCAACGAGCGCCUUCCAAUGGCGCAGAAAGGGUUCCGGGCAUUCAACGGGUGCCAUGAGCACAACUUCAUGGCCACCACGCUGCUGGACCAGACGCGGCGGCUGCACCGCAGGUUGUACCAAGUCUGGUAUGACCUGCGGAACGCAUUUGGGUCGCUGCCUCAGCAGCUGAUGUGGCGUGUGCUCCGCCACCUCGGCGUCGAAGCCAGCUUCAUCGAGCGGUGCCAAGACAUCUACGCUGGAUCGGCCUUCGUGGUGACCAACGCGGCCGAUGGACCGACAGAUCCGGUGCGUCAGGAGGUGGGCGUCUACCAAGGCUGCCCCUUGAGCCCCCUCCUCUUCAUCUCGGCACUGGUGCCGCUAGUACGGCGACUGGAGCAGCUCGACGGAGUGGGAGUGCCGCUGGCGGACGGUGUACGGCCGUGCACCACCGCCUACGCGGACGACCUCAAGGUGUUUAGCGACAGCGCCGCCGGCAUCCGCAAGUGCCACGGCGUUGUCGCUCGCUUCCUCGCGUGGACUGGGUUGCGCGCAAACCCUGCCAAGUGCGCCAGCCUCGCCGUGACGACCAACGCCCGCGGAAACCCGGCCAGAGACGACAGUGUACGCCUGGACAUCCACGGCGAUACCAUCGCCACCCUCAGUCUUCAGGAGAGCUACAAGUACUUGGGGGUGGGCGAUGGUUUCGACCAUGUGCGCCACCGCCUCCAGCUUGAACCCAAGCUCCAACAGAUCAAGCGAGAGGCGGUGGCACUGAUGCACUCGGGACUGGCGGGGUGGCAAGUGGUAAAGGCGCUCAAGGUUUUCGUGUACCCCAAGGUCGAGUACGCGCUCCGCCACCUGCGCCCGCUACAGUCCCAGCUCCAAGGCUUCGACCGCGCCGUGAUUCGCGGCUUGCGCCACCUACUGCGUCUCCCCCAGUCCGCCACCACCGAGUUCUUCUACACACCAACGUCUGGUGGUGGGCUGGGGCUGCUGUCGCUCGUGGAGAUGCACCAGGCGUUGCAGGUGGCACACGCCUGGCAGAUGCUGCACUCCCAGGACGCUGCCGUCGUUGCCGUCGCGAAGGCGCAGGUGGGCCAGGUGGCGCGCAAGCGUUACCGCUUGCAGGAAGACCACUGGCGCGGGCGAGAAGACGAGCUUGUGCGGCUCUUCCUCAACUCCGAGCUCGCCGCCUCGCCCUACGCGGAACGCCUCCGCCGCAACGGCGACAUCGGUUCUGUGUGGACGGACGUCCAACGCACGCUCCGCCUCCACCACCUCACCCUAGCGGUUCAAGAUGACCGAGACGGCCACGAUCCGCUUGCACUUCGCGUGCUGCAUCACACCAAGUGGCUCGGCCAUAAGAGCGUGUUGCGGCACGUCAAGUUGCACAUGAAGAUCCGCCACCAGACCCGGUGGGAAGGGCUGGUGGACCAAGGCAAGACGGCACGUGUGCACGGAGGCCUCGGAUCCAAGUUCGUGACGACGGGGGCGGGCCUAUCGGAUGCGGAGCAUCGAUUCGGCAUCAUGGCCCGCCUCAACCAAGUCGACACGAACGCCGUGCUCACGCGCAAGCGGUUGCGGUCUAACAAGACAUGCAGGGACCCGACCUGCUCCUCGGCCGAGACGCUGGCCCAUGCCCUCAACCACUGCGCGGCCAACAUGGACGCCAUCCGCCAGCGCCAUGACGACGCCCUGGAGCAGAUCGGGUCCAAGAUCCGUGCCGCCCUCGAGCGCGCCAAGUCGACCACAGAGUUGCGCCUGAACCAGACAGUACCCGAGUACACAGGUGCAGCUCUGCGGCCGGACAUCGUACUGCGGAACGAGGCCGCCAAGAAGGUGGUGAUCGCCGACUUGGCG